GUCGUCUCCUCUCAUCCCCUUCGUCUCUUUCACUUCACUGGGAAAGCUCUCCAAAAAUCCCCAAAUUCUCAAUCUCGUCUCAAAAAAGAUCGAUCAAUGGGAUUCUCUAAAGAGCUCCAGUUCUUUUCGGAGCUCGGGCUCGGCCCUCGAAAUCCAGGCUGCUACGUCAACGGCAAGUGGCGCGGCAGCGGCCCCGUCGUCGCCUCCACCAAUCCCGCCAACAAUAAGGUGAUCGCUGAAGUGGUGGAGGCAUCGAAGGGAGACUAUGAGGAUGGUUUGAAGGCAUGUGUGGAUGCUUCGAAGUUGUGGAUGCAGGUUCCAGCUCCAAAGAGGGGAGAGAUCGUUAGACAGAUUGGGGAAGCAUUGCGGGCCAAGCUCCAGCAUCUUGGCAGGCUUGUGUCACUUGAGAUGGGGAAAAUACUUCCCGAGGGAAUUGGUGAAGUUCAAGAAAUAAUAGACAUGUGUGACUAUGCUGUUGGAUUAAGUCGGCAGUUAAAUGGAUCAAUAAUACCAUCAGAACGUCCAAAUCAUAUGAUGUUGGAGGUGUGGAAUCCACUUGGGGUAGUAGGUGUAAUCACAGCUUUCAACUUCCCGUGUGCUGUGCUUGGAUGGAAUGCUUGCAAUGCACUAGUAUGCGGAAACUGUGUUGUAUGGAAGGGUGCACCAACAACCCCAUUAAUCACAAUUGCUAUCACUGAACUAGUUGCUGGGGUUUUAGAGAAAAACAAUUUACCAGGUGCAAUAUUCACAUCAUUUUGCGGAGGUGCUGAAAUUGGCCAGGCAAUAGCUCAAGACGCACGGAUACAGCUGGUCUCGUUUACCGGGAGUUCCAAGGUGGGUCUUAUGGUUCAACAGACAGUUAAUGAGAGAUUUGGCAAAUGUUUACUUGAACUAAGCGGAAAUAAUGCUAUCAUCGUCAUGGAUGAUGCCGACAUCCAGCUUGCUGUCCGCUCUGUUUUGUUUGCUGCUGUUGGUACAGCUGGACAACGAUGCACAACAUGUAGAAGACUGCUUCUCCAUGAAAGUAUAUAUCAAGAUUUCCUCGAUCAACUUAUUGUAGUCUAUAAGCAAGUGAAAAUAGGGGAUCCACUAGAGCAAGGUACCUUAUUAGGACCAUUGCAUACUCCUGCUUCCAAGGUCAAUUUUGAGAAGGGAAUUGAAGUUAUUAAGUCUCAGGGUGGAAAGAUACUCAUUGGAGGAUCUUCUGUAGAAUCUGAGGGAAACUUCGUGCAACCCACUAUUGUCGAGGUUAAUCCAGAUACACCUGUUGUUAAGGAGGAGUUGUUUGGACCUGUCCUUUACGUAAUGAAAUUUCAGACAUUGAAAGAAGCUGUUGACAUAAAUAAUUCCGUGCCACAAGGUUUAAGCAGCUCCAUAUUCACAAGCAGGCCAGAAGCCAUAUUCAAGUGGAUUGGGCCACACGGUAGUGACUGCGGUAUUGUGAAUGUAAAUAUACCUACCAAUGGUGCUGAAAUUGGUGGUGCCUUUGGUGGUGAAAAAGCCACUGGUGGUGGCAGAGAAGCAGGAAGUGACUCUUGGAAACAAUACAUGCGACGUUCUACAUGUACAAUCAACUAUGGCAGUGAACUCCCUCUGGCACAAGGAAUAAACUUUGGUUAGAUUCUACAGAGCUCAGGUCUUGUUUCUCUGAAUCCUGGAUACGUAAGGUUUCAUGUAGCUCAUCCUGGAGAUGACAGAAUAAGAUGAAGGAAUAUAAACUCAGGUUUAGCCGACUGCUCACUGACUUUCCAUUGAGGCUCUUGAUAUUGUUAUAUACUACAUAGACUUCCUGUAUGUUUAUUACAGCCUUGUGAGAUAGGAAAGAACAGUGCUUUCUCUUACUCUAA